AUGGCUGAAGAUAAACCCAAUUGCAAGGUCGUCCUCGCCAACAACAUUGCCAAGGGCCUUUUGGACGAAGUGCGUGACGGCCUGGAGAAAAUCGGUCGAAAGCCACUUCUGGUUGGCUUCCUCUCGAGCGCGGAUCCCGCCGCCAGAGUGUACGCCGAAUGGACGGGCAAGACGUGUGUUGAAAAUGGCUUCGCCUUUGAGCUCCGCGAAGUCGACCGCGAGCUUCUCGAAGACGCCCUCAUCGAAGCCAACAACGACACGGCUGUCGACGGCAUCAUCGUGUACUACCCAAUCUUCGGGAACCGGCAGGACCAGUACCUGCAGCAGAUUGUGUCGAUAGACAAGGAUGUCGAGGGCCUGUCGCACCGCUACAUCUUCAACAUGUACCAGAACAUCCGGUUCCUGGAUCCCGCCAGCACUAAGAAGAGCAUUCUGCCGUGCACGCCGCUGGCGGUGAUCAAGAUCCUCGAGUAUCUGCGCAUCUACAAUACGAUUCUGCCGUAUGGGAACCGCCUGCAUGGCCGUACCAUCACGGUGAUUAACCGGAGCGAGGUUGUGGGCCGCCCGCUCGCCGCGCUGCUGGCAAACGACGGCGCGCACGUCUACAGCGUCGAUAUCAACGACGUGCAGGAAUUCACCCGUGGCGUGGGCCUCCGCAAGCGCCGCCACGAGGUCGUCGAGAAGCCUGGCUGGACCCUCGAAAACUGUCUUCCGCUGAGCGACGUCGUCAUCAGCGGCGUGCCAGGCGACAAGUACAAAGUGCCACUUGACUUCAUGCGCCCCGGCGCCGCGUGCAUUAACUUCUCCAGCGAACGCAACUUUACGCCAGAGGUCAAGGAGAAGGCUUCGAUUUACGUGCCCGCCAUUGGCAAGGUGACGAUUGCGGUGCUGCUGAGGAACUUGCUCCGCCUCGCUCAGAACAAAAUCGAUGCCGCUGCUUAAGGUGUAGAGGAAAAGUCCUCGGCAGAGCCGGUCAUCCAGUCGACUGCAUAGUUUGGAGAACUUCCUCGGACUCAUCUUUUUUCCUGUUCCAAACAAAAAAACCACCUUUGAUACCCUUUAGAAGGCAAACACGCCAU